AUGGUGGGGGAGGGAAGGCCACAUCAGGAGCCUGGGGAAUCCUCCCUCACUUCCCCUGUUCUCCAGGGUGGUUUGUAUGAAGCGGUGAACGAAGUCUACAAAAACCUCAUCCCCAUCCUUGAAGCCCACAGAGACUACAAGAAGCUGGCUGCCGUGCAUGGGAAACUGCAGGAGGCCUUCACCAAGAUCAUGCACCAGAGCUCUGGCUGGGAGCGCGUGUUCGGGACGUAUUUCCGAGUGGGUUUCUAUGGUGCACGAUUUGGUGACCUGGAUGAACAAGAGUUUGUGUACAAGGAGCCAUCAAUCACAAAGCUGGCCGAGAUCUCACACCGACUGGAGGAGUUCUAUACGGAGAGAUUCGGGGACGAUGUGGUAGAGAUCAUCAAAGAUUCUAACCCAGUGGACAAGUCCAAGCUGGACCCACAGAAGGCCUAUAUCCAGAUAACCUACGUGGAGCCCCACUUUGACACUUACGAGCUCAAGGACCGGGUGACCUACUUUGACCGCAACUAUGGGCUGCGGGCCUUCCUCUUCUGCACGCCUUUCACGCCAGACGGCCGUGCGCACGGGGAACUGGCCGAGCAGCACAAACGGAAGACCCUGCUGAGCACGGAGCACGCCUUUCCCUACAUCAAGACACGCAUCCGCGUGUGCCACCGCGAGGAGACGGUGCUGACACCAGUGGAGGUGGCCAUUGAGGACAUGCAGAAGAAGACACGGGAGCUGGCCUUUGCCACUGAGCAGGAUCCUCCAGAUGCCAAGAUGCUGCAGAUGGUUCUGCAGGGCUCUGUGGGACCCACUGUGAACCAGGGUCCCUUGGAAGUGGCCCAGGUAUUUUUGGCAGAGAUCCCAGAAGAUCCCAAACUCUUCCGACAUCACAACAAACUACGGCUCUGCUUCAAGGAUUUCUGCAAGAAGUGUGAGGACGCACUGAGGAAGAACAAGGCCCUGAUUGGGCCGGACCAGAAGGAGUACCACCGGGAGCUGGAACGGCACUACAGCCGCCUACGGGAGGCUCUGCAGCCUCUGCUCACCCAGCGCCUGCCCCAGCUGCUGGCACCAUGCUCCACCAGCCUCAGGAACUCCCUGAACAGAUCAAGUUUCCGGAAGGCUGACCUCUGACCCCACAGGACUGAAAGCCACACCCAGAAGACCAGCACCCACACCCCAGCUGUCUGUACCUUUCUGGACUCACUCCUGCCCCUGCCCCCUCAUCCAUGGGGCGACUGCAUCAUCCUUACGGCUGGGCCCUCAGUCCCUCUGUCUGUCUGCACUGAUGGAUCCUAA